AUGUCGUCGUGCACGGCAGGCGCCACACCCGCCACUUCAACUGCGACCCCUGUGGCUUCACAGUCGCAGGGCGUGCGCCCAACGCGCCAGGUCUGGGCCGCCGACGAGGACGAGACCCUGCUCAGAACCAUGCUCGAAAACAAAGCGUUUCUUGUCGAGGAUCGGCACUCCCGCUCGCGCAGCCGGUUCUGGCGCCGCAUCAGCGAGGGCCUCUACUCCAACCACAACAUCGCACGCAAUAAACGCCAGUGCCGCGACCGCUUCAACCUGCUCUACUGGAAGGGCCUCCGCGCGGGCGCGCCCGCCGCGGAUCAGAGCUUCCGCGCACUGCUGGCCAGCUGUUUGGUGGCCUUUGUCAUUGACAAAGAUAACAACGUGGCGCUGCGACCCGCUCUGCAGGCGACUCCCCAGAAGCCGGGGUACGCGAGCCCGGAGUUACUGUCGACAAGCGUGCCUGCAGGCGCGCCUGCAGGCGCGUCUGCGCUGUUCGAGUGCCUGCAGGCACAGCUCGACAUGGUGUUACAACGGGUACAGGAGCUCGACCGCGUCGUCGAGUGGCAGCGCAGGAAGCUGGACGACCUCUUAGUCGCAACCGCGGCGGGCAACGCGAGCAGCGCGGGCGGAACGCUGCUCAUGACGGACCGUGAAUCCUUUUGA